GUCUGCCCACUCUCCCCUCGGGUUGUGCAGCAGCUUUUUUUGUACAGUUGUUGCUUUUAAAUCUGCAAAGACUCGAGUAUAACAUGGCAUCCCAGCAGCUGUGUGUGAGAUUGAUGGGGCUGACUGUACUUCUGACACUCUUUGCACUCAGAGAUGUAUGCAGUGACAGCAGCUUGCACAGGAUCUUAAGGAAACGAGAAGCGGCCGGAGCAGGUACUGCCCUCUCCAAAUCCUCCGUGGUCGUCCCCCCCUCCGCAGCUCAGGGGUUUCUGUCGAAGCUGAGCCGCAGCAAGAGGAACCUGUGGGACCGCAGCAGGCCGGACGUGCAGCAGUGGAUCAUGCAGUUUAUGUACAUGGGGUUUGAUGAGCAGAGGCUGGAGACCGACCUGUCCUACUGGAUGGACCAAGCUCGCUCCAGAGACCAGGGUCGGCAGCACCAGUAUGAUGAGAACGCUCCCAUCGGACCCCGGGACCACAGCUCCUACAGACACGGAGCCAAUGUAAACUACGACUACUAUUAACUGUAGCGGUCAAUUCCCAUUAAUCCACAGCUGCUUUCCACAGUAUAACCCACUAUAUUUGACCCACAUACUAUAAUAAAGGGAUGUUCAAUGACAGCAAUAACUUAAUUUAGGGCUGGGAGAAACGAAUAUCAUAUAUCAGUGUUUUUUUUACCUUGAUAUCGACAUUGUGUCAACAUUUACACAAUGAGAAAUCUGACAAAUAAUCACCAGUAAUGCGGACACAAUGGCAAAUAAAUGAACAGCAAUCAGAAAAAUUGACUUUUCUGUAAUGCAGCCUUUAAAACGAGGAAGACAACACGUAUUACAGAAUCCAAUCUGAUGUUAUCGAUAUAUCGCCCAGCCCUACGAAUGAAGCAGCCGAUUUUUAUGAAACACUCUUAAAAUCUGACUCUUAUUAUCUCUCCAUUAUUGUAAAUAAAGUUGUGGCUUUGUA